UGAGGUUCUUGCACAUUUUGCAGUUGACUUUUUUACACCCGAUUUGGACCAUUUGGACUAGGGAGUUUUCAAAAUUUCCCUACAAACAGAAACUGGAAUUAUAAACGUUUAAUUGCUUGUAAUAUAAAACAGUUAAUUAAAACUCAUUAUUAACUAUGGCUUCGAUCAGCUUAUUAAAUCCAAAGGCUGAAUUCGCACGUGCUGCUCAGGCGUUGGCGAUUAACAUCUCGGCUGCAAAAGGUCUGCAAGAUGUGAUGCGUACUAAUUUGGGCCCAAAAGGAACGAUGAAAAUGUUGGUAUCUGGUGCCGGGGACAUUAAAAUAACUAAGGAUGGUAAUGUACUGCUCCACGAAAUGCAAAUCCAACACCCAACUGCUUCUAUGAUUGCACGAGCCAGUACCGCUCAGGACGAUUCAACUGGUGAUGGCACCACCUCAACCGUUUUACUAAUUGGCGAGCUUUUAAAACAAGCUGACAUCUUUCUAGCCGAAGGUCUUCAUCCACGCAUUGUGACAGAAGGUUUUGAGAAAGCCCGCAACAAAGCAUUGGAGGUGUUGGAAUCAGUUAAAAUACCAAUCGAAAUCAACAAGAAGAAUUUAAUGGGCAUUGCCAAUACCAGCUUGCGUACGAAAGUUCACCCUGCGCUGGCAGAUGUGUUAACUGAAGUCUGCGUUGAUGCUGUGCUGGCUAUACGUCAUGGAGACAAACAAGUCGACUUGCACAUGGUUGAAUUGAUGGAGAUGCAACACAAGACUGCCACGGAUACUUCUUUAAUUCGGGGAAUUGUCAUGGAUCACGGCACCCGUCAUCCCGAUAUGCCAAAACGCUUGGAGAAUGCUUACAUCCUCACUUGCAAUGUAUCAUUGGAGUAUGAAAAAUCAGAAGUCAACUCAGGUUUCUUCUACAAAACCGCCGAUGAGCGCGAGAAAUUUGUACGUGCCGAACGCGAGUUCAUCGAUCAACGAGUCCAAAAAAUUAUUGCAUUGAAGCGCAGCCUUUGCGAUGGCACUGAAAAGACCUUUGUUGUUAUCAACCAAAAAGGUAUUGACCCUAUGUCUCUUGAUGCUUUGGCCAAAGAGGGUAUUAUGGCUUUGCGCCGUGCUAAGCGCCGUAAUAUGGAGCGUCUGGCUUUGGCAUGUGGUGGCACUGCCAUGAACUCUUUUGAUGAUUUGGAAGAAUCGCAUUUGGGAUACGCUGGUGUUGUUUACGAACACGUUCUGGGCGAAAAUAAGUACACUUUUGUGGAGGAUUGUAAGAACCCACAGUCGGUUACCAUUUUGAUUAAGGGUCCUAACAAACACACCAUUCUGCAAAUUAAGGAUGCCCUUCGUGAUGGGCUACGAGCUAUCAACAAUGCUCUUGUGGACAAAUGCGUUAUUCCAGGCGCAGGCGCUUUUGAAGUGCGCGCUUAUAAUCAACUCAUGAAAUAUAAGGAUACUGUAAAGGGCAAAGUUCGCUUAGGUAUACAAGCGUUUGCUGAAGCUUUGCUGGUCAUUCCAAAAAAUUUGGCAAUCAACAGCGGCUACGAUGCGCAAGACACAAUUGUUAAGUUGACGGAGGAGGACCGUCUCAAUCCAGAACCGAUUGGAUUAGAUUUGUCAACAGGAGAACCGAUGAAACCCGCUGAUAUGAGCGUGUACGAUAACUACCUGGUGAAAAAACAGAUAUUGAAUUCAUGCUCCGUGAUUGCAAGUAACCUACUACUUGUGGAUGAGGUAAUGCGCGCUGGAAUGACAAGCCUAAAAGGUUAGUCCGGCAUUAGGCGCAAACUCGAAUCGAAGUCUCAAAGAAAUAUUACCCGCAUACGCUUCCCUUCUAUAAAAAUAUUUUAUCACUAAUGUAUUAUUUGAUUUAAAAUGUACGUUUGCAAGUAGAUGGUGGUAAUAUUGUCCCAAGCCAUCUACAUGGUUUAUAAAUUUAUAGGUAUUAAAUGCUUAACCAUCAGCAGUCAAUUUGAUUUGAAAAAAUGUAUGUAUGCUUAAGCCAUGAUUCAUAGCACAGUUCCGAUACUGCACCUACUUUAAUAAUUUUGUAUUACACUAAUAAAAUGCAUUUCAGAAUAAAAUUA